AUGGAAGCAGCUCAACUGGAUACGCAAAGGAAGAAGGGAGAAGCCAUCUUGAAGACCAGCUCGACCGUCCACUCGACCAACCGGUCGAGCUUCCUCAACUCGAUCGACAGUCAAACCCGAAAAAUGUUGCUUCAGACCACCUUCAGACCAGUUCCAAGCAUUCUGAGCAUUGAGGGGUUGGACAGGCCACUUUGCGAGUUCAUGGCAGUGAGCUCGAUCAAGAGCUCGAUCGAGUCGGGCCUCGAACAAACGAACUCGAUCGAGCUGGGGACUGAAUGCAAAGAGCAAGCUCAAGGAGAUUGGUCUGAGCCCAACGCGCCUAAAGUCGACCUCAAACCUUUGCCUGAGCGCCUCAGGUAUGCAUUUCUGGGUGAAAACUCAACCUACCCUGUCAUUGUGAACUCUGAUUUGGAACCUGAACAGUUGAGUGCUUUGCUUGUUGAACUGAGGAAGUACAGAAAAGCAAUAGGUUACACUCUAGAUGAUAUCAAGGGAAUCUCCCCUGACCUAUGCAUCCAUAGGAUUCAUCUAGAGGAUGAAAGUAAGUCUAGCAUUGAACCUCAAAGGAGAUUGAACCCCAAUCUAAAGGAAGUAGUGAAGAAAGAGAUACUCAAGUUGCUUGAUGCUGGGAUAAUCUAUCCCAUCAAUGAUAGCACUUGGAUAUCUCCAGUUCAUUGCGUCCCAAAGAAAGGGGGGAUCACUGUCAUAAGAAAUGACAAGGAGGAGCUGAUUCCCACUAGAACAAUAGUGGGGCAUCGCAUGUGUAUUGACUAUAGGAACUAA